AAGCAAAGAUGGGAACCAUAGCAGAUACGAACCGAGCACUUGUGAGAUGGAUACGGACGAAGGCAUGACGACGACCAAAAUUUGUUGACCACUGGGAGCUGUUAUUCUUUCCAACCAACAGAGCUGAUUAGCAUGGACAAACUUGGACAAAUAACCACGGAACUUACGGAAGGGAGGAACAAUAACAAGGGAAAGAUAUUGGAUCAACAACAGGAACAAUGAUCAGUUUCCAGGCGAUUGUGCACUCAUGAUGGGCGGCGGAGGAAGAAAAGAAGUUUAGGGUUUUUUUUCUAAUAGGUUUUUGAACCAGACUCUGAUACCAUGUUGGGAAAUCAGAAUACGGUGGAAACUGUUGUAUCUUAUUACUGAAAUCACAUAGAGUUUAUAUAGAGCACAGAGACUGACUUUUAUAAUAACCCUAACACUAAUACGACUCUAUUAAGGAAUAUAACUCUACCCAAUUACAUAACAGUACUCGUAGUAUAACAUAAUACUACUCGUACUACAUAUACUCUAAUAGUUUCAUUGUGUCAGGCCAUUGAGUGUUCACUGCCUAGAAGAAUUUUGGAGGAAUCAUUUUCAAACCUCAAGGGUACAUUUCUAGUGUACGAAGACAAAAAAAAAAAAAAAAAACUUAUAUGAUUAUGUAUAUUUAUAGUGUAGCCUGAUUGUAAUAUUCCAUAUUAUUUUAUGGGACUUUGCUACGAUGACAUGCAUGUCACAGUGACAUGCACUUUUCGGUCGACCUCAUAUAGGAUUAGGUCGACCUAAUCUGUUGUUUCAGUGUAAAAACAGUUUCAUGAUGCCGACUUUGGAGAUUCAUAUCUUACAAUUGGCUAGAUGAAAAUUGGAGAUUAAUGGCUUGUUUUGAAGCUGAAGUGUCCCUCUACACAUUAAAGUACUUGGGGGCUUGAUAGGAAGUUUAGAAGACUAUUUUUGAACCUGAUCAAAAGGCUAUGCCAAAACUGGAAAACUAUCUGAAAAUUGCCAAGUCUGGGAAAGUGUUUGUUAAGCCUACUUUGGAGCUCAAUUUGAGAGGCAUGGAUGCUAUUCGAGUCCAGGGGCCUCUACCACGUUAAAUUAGGUAUGUUUGUCUACAAAUUCAAGGCGUUGGAUGAAAGAUUGGAUAUUUUUAAGACUUCAAACAAAAGGGUCGAAGUUGCUACGAAGGUUGUUUCACUGGCAGCUUGCUUGUGCUCGAAGUCUGCCAGAAAACAGCCUUUGUAGCAACUUCGACCCUUUUGUUUGAAGCCUUACAGAUAUCCAAUCUUUCAUCCAAUGUCUUGAAUUUGUAUACAAACAUACCUAAUUUAACUUGGUAGAGGCCCCUAGACUCGAAUCGCAUUCAUGCUUCUCGAAUUGAGCUCCAAAGUAGGCUACACAAACACGUUUCCAGACUUGGCCAUUUUCAGACAGUUUCCCAGUUUUGGCAUAACCUUUUGAUCAGGUUCAAAAAUGGUCUUUUGGACUUCCUAUCGAGCUCUUAAUCACUUCAAUAUGUAGAGGGACACUCCAGCUUCAAAAAAAGCCUUUAAUCUUCAAUUUCCAUCUAGCCAAUCGUAUGAUAUGAAUCUCCAAAGUAGGCACCAUGAAACUGUUUUUACACUGAAACAACAGAUUAGGUCGACCUAAUCCUAAAUGAGGUCGACCUAAUCCUCAAUGAGCUCGACCUAAUCCUAACUGUGGUCGACCGAAAGUGCAAGUCACCGUGACAUGGAUGUCCUCAUAGGCGCACCCUAUCUUAUGUUGUAUACACUUUUGUAUUACUAAAAUUUAUAAGCGAAUGGAUUUUCAAUGUUGUGCUGUGAAUUGUGUAAAUCAUAUAUAAUUUGCAUUUCUUAUGGAGUUAAUUAUUUUUACAUUUAUAGGAUAUAGGUUUUCUGUUAUUCAAAAGAUAGUUCUUCGGCUACAACUUGUGGUCUCAAAAACAUUGCAUUAAGGAUGACUAAUUGUCUUUAAAUAUAGUUCUUAGCAAUGCUUAAUAUCUCAAAAAUAAUUCAUAUGAGACGACUUGUCGUCUCCAAAAACACUGCAUAGGGGACUACGUGUUGACUAAAAUUGAUACAAAUAUGACGAUAAAUUGAUUCGGGUUUUUGAAUCUUUGGGGACGACUAUGUGUCCCUGAUAUUGGAGACGACUUUCAUUUUUUGUUCCCAAAAGAAUAGAGGACGGAACCUAUAAGCACCACCCAUGGGGACGACAUUUUUCGUCUCCAAAAGAUUUGGAGACGAAAAAUCCAUGUUUUGGAGACGACAUUUUUUCGUCUCCUAAACUUACCAAAUUUGUAGUAUUGUUCGUUAGGUUUUCGUCUAUGGAUUUUUGCAUAAAUCAUCGUCUUUGCCCACCAUUUUGCAGCCCAUCUCGAAAUGCUGUCAGUGGAAUCCUAAGUUGUUCCCCAAAAACCGUUUCCCAAGGCCGCUACCACGAGUUUUGUAUUGGGACCGAGUUUCAUCCUCUUUAGUGUUUUUCCUUCUCUUUUUCAUUUUUCAUGAGAAUGAUCAAAAUUGAACACAAACACAUGAGUAUCCUAACUUGAACACAAAUCAUCGCCUUUGGCCAUAAUUUUGCAGCCAAUGUAAUAAAAAACCUGCGUUUUACGUAGAAGCGUUUUGGUGAUCUAGUAUUCAUAUAUAUAAUCCUUUUGUGCACUGGGGAAGUCAAAAUUUAGGAUGAGUUGGGUUGCAAGUAACAAGUUGCAAUAGCUUCACGAUAUUGAACCCAAAAUUUGGAAGAGUGGGCUAAUAGCACCGUCAUAUCUCUUUCUAAUGCUUUUCUCAACAUAUGAAAAUAUACAUGUAUCAUCUUAAAUUGAAGAUAUCUCUUUCUAAUGCUUUUCUCAACAUAUGAAAAUAUACAUAUAUCAUCUUAAAUUGAAGAUCGAGAGGAGAGUAUAGCCCCUUCUUAUCCUCCUGAACUACACAUAGUUUCACCACUACCUUUGUGAUUUCAGUAACAAGAGACAGUAUUCAACCAAAUUUAUGAUUUAUUAACAUGUGCCCAAAAAAUAGGGGUAAUCGAGAUUCAAACACAUAUGUCUGGCUUCCUUUUGUACUUUAGUGGCGGAUCCAGAACACAGAAGUGCACUGGGCCGCAUUUUAUUAGAAAAUUAGAAUAGUAAAAAAAAAUAUCAUGAUUAUAAUUUAUUUACAAUGUAAAUUGUACACGACGGUAUUUUAAUUUAGCGAAUGCAUUAAUAAUGGAGUCCACAUCCAUACCAAUAGUAUACACUGUUUCAAAUAAAAUACUUGAGCAAUCGACUAGAAAUUCAUCGCUCAUUUUGUUGCGCAAAUCAACUCUGACAUGUUUCAUUGUUUGAAAAGGUUCUCUUCGUAUUAGCUGUUGAAACGAGCAGCAUCAACACUAGACAAAUCAAUCUACUAAUCAAUUUGCAUUGUGUUUCCAUCCCUAUAUCCACCUGCUGCUCUAGUAAAUUUUCAUAUGUUUUAUUCUUUAACGUUUUAAACUUUUUGAAAUUUUAGGUUUCAUUGUUUUUUAGACGAAUAACCUUUGGGGUUAGAAUUUAUAAGCUAAAUUUAGAGUAGUGAUUUUGAAUAUGUUCAUCUGAAUUAUUUUUCUAAUUAUAACCAAUCUUGUUUUAAAAUAACAACGGCCCAAAUAUUUAAAAUCGAAAAAUUUAUAAGGCUUAUACUAACUAUGGAUCCAGAGAAGGGCUGGGCAAGGGCCGGGUGUCCACCCCUGGAUCCGCCAUUGCCGCUCAAAUGGCAUUUCUCCAUUGCAUUUCUCGCCCUCCGAGGGGAAUCGUCCCCAGGCGGCGGGUCGGCAACUGUAUUCAACGCCCCCCGUCUCGGUCAUGAUGAAACGAGGAAACCGAAAGACCGAACGACCAAGCUAAGAAAGCUUCUUCCAAUCGCUGUCCGCUGACCGUACGUACAAUAGCUUACACAACGAUUCUUCAUCCAAAUGCGGCCUGCAGCUCCAUAUAAUAAAAUCCUCACAGCUAGCAUAGAAAGGACGGUCCACAGUUUCUUUAGCGUUUACGAACCUUACCGCAUCUUUCAAUGUCAUUUAACGGCUCUGGUCGGCCAGUGUGUAUAGGCAAAGGGCUAGCGUACACCUAGCGUAUCCGCGGUACAUUUGUGUUCACACAUGAUUUUUUUCAUUUCAUAUAUUUAGCUAAAUCAUAACCGUUGGUUAUCAUUUUUUCAGAUUAAAUGAAUCUUUUGGAUAGAGUUAGAGAAUUAAGAACUGAAAUUCACCUGUUAGAGAUUAUGGUAUAGUAUCAUGUCCCAAACUCCGGUUAAUUCGUGCUUUAAAUUGUAAAACUCGACAGGCGUACGAUUUAAAUUGGACUACCGGAGUUUGAGGCAUGAUACUAUACCCUAAUCUCGAAUGGGUGAAUUUCAGUCCCUAAUUCUCUGAUACAAGAUACAAGAUUCACUUAAUCUGAAAAAAUAAUAAACGGUUAUGAUUCAGCGAAAUAUAUUAAAGUGCAAAAACCAAAUGUAAACACAAGUCGUAUUCUAUCAUUUACCAUAUAUGUGUAUAUAUAUAUGUUCACCGGUUGAAGGAAAGCACAUCGAACAGCAGAGCAAAGAAGUGUUCAUUAUUGGGACGAUAACACUGAAAAGACAAAUUUCCUAUCUUCUGAGAUAUGGGUCUCGAGGGUGAUCAGGAGUCGGGGAUAAUCCGCGGCGGCUGGUUAUCUACGUGGAGGUACAACUCGUCCUUGGUUCAGGUGAUUCUCAUGGGGAUGGUGUGCUUCUGCACCAUCGGCAUGAUCAGGGCGAUCUCCGGGAUGGGCGGAGGAGGGCAGGUGGACCCCACCGCGGCCAACAACGCCAACACGGCGCUCUACGCCACGUUCUCCGUCGCCGGGGUGCUCAGCGGCGGGCUGUACAACGUGCUGGGCCCGCGCGUCAUGCUUCCGUUGGCGUGCUCCAGUUGCUUGCUGUUCACGGGAUCGUUUCUUUACUAUAAUCACUUUCAGAGUCAGGUUUUCUUGGUUGUUGCCGGGGUGGUCGGAGGUGUCGGGGCGGGGAUGUUGUGGGCGGUGCAGGGAGCGGUCAUGACUUCUUACCCGCCGCCGCACCGGAAAGGGAUGUACAUUUCGCUGUUCUGGGUUAUUUUUAGCUCCGGCGGGGUGGUGGGUGGGAUGAUUCCUUUUUUUCUCAAUUUUCACCGCCAGGUGGACUCCGUCAACGAUGCGACGUACAUUGGUUUCAUGUGCUUCAUGGCGGCAGGCACUCUUCUUUCUUUUGCCAUCCUCCCGCCGAGUAAAGUGAUACGCGACGACGGCAGCCAAUGCACGCUCACCAACCACUCGAAACCUUCGACGGAGGCCAUCGAGAUCCUGAAGCUCUUCAAGAACUGGAAGAUGCUUCUGCUGGCGCCGGCCGCAUGGGCCUCCAACUUCUUCUACGCCUACGAGUUCAACAACGUCAACGCCGCCCAGUUCAACCUCCGGACGCGCGGCCUCAACAACGUCUCCUACUGGGCCGCGCAGAUGCUGGGCUCCAUCGCCAUUGGCUACGUGUUCGAUCUCCGCUCCCUCACCAGAAAACGACGUGGCUUUCUCGGAAUCGGCACCGUUUCCUUGAUCGGGACGGCGAUAUGGUCCGCCGGGCUCGUGAACCAGCUCGACUACUCCUUUCAGGACAUGCCCGAUCCGAGGCUGGACUUCGUGGGGUCCAGGUUUAAGUUUGCCGGGCCGUACGUGUUGUUCUUCAGUUAUGGGCUAUUCGACGCCGUUUUCCAGAGUAUGAUCUACUGGGUGAUCGGGGCCUUGGCCGAUGACUCGGAGACUUUGAGUCGGUACGUUGGGUUCUACAAAGGCGUGCAGAGCGCCGGCGCGGCGGUGGCUUGGCAGCUUGAUACGAGGAAAGUUCCGAUGCUGACUCAGCUGAUUGUGAACUGGGCUCUGACGACGGUGAGCUAUCCGCUGCUCACGAUAUUGGUGGCGUUGGCGGUUAAAGAUGAGCCGAUCGAGGGCGAACUGAAGACGAACAAAGGUUCACAUCUCAGUGAUACAGGCUUUGGAGAUGACGAUGAUGUUAGCAAAGAAACUAACUAAAUUAGCUAGGAUGCAUGUCUACACUCUGUUGUAUUUCGGUCAUCUCGAUAUAUGAAUGUUAUCUAUAGUUAAUAUCGGUACAUGAUGAACUCUUAUUUUUAAUCAAUCACAUAAAGUUCUAACUUACGAAUAAUUCUAAUUAAAGUUGAUGAAAUGACAUUAAUAAUUUAUGUAAGAAUUGCAAUACAAUUAUUUUUUGGAUUUUUAUUCUCUCCUUGAUAGCAAAGUUUGCAAAGGAAAUACCCAACAAUCUGCUGGUUCAUAAAAAAAAAAAACAAUUUACCAACACAAGGAAGUCAAAUCGGCUAGUAGAGUAGUAUUGUUGGUGUCAAAAUUGAAAUGGUGGCUUCUAGGCUAGAGAGAUUUGUUGAGUUGCGCAUUUUCAUUUUCUGUUAGAUUUCAGUUGAAACGGUGGCACAGUUUAGCGGGUGCAAAGAUGCUGCAACUUGUGUUUUCUAUUCUUUGGUAUCUUCAUUAUUCAGUCAUUGCUUUGCUGCAGAUAUUGUCAUCAAUUCUAGUUACACUUACUCAUAAAUUAGAAGUUCAUGUAUCGAAUUGACUAAACAUAAGAGUUCGUGUACCAGCAUGAUCAUAAAUAACAUUCAUGUAUCGAAACUACUAAAAUAUAAAAUUUCGAGGGUCAAAUUGACCUUCUUGCCUUUCUCUCAAUAUGAAUGGAAAAUUUUAUAUGAUGGAGAAAAACGAAAAAGAUGAUUUAUAGGAAGGAAGGUUUACUUUAAGAUUUUUUUUUUCUUUUAUAGAAAAUUUACUUUAAGAUUCGAAUAUAUGAUCUUCACAUUGUAAACCAACGAAUUCCUAAGCAUCAUCACAUUAUCUCACUCCCAAGCAACUCGCAAAAGGGAACAAAAAUUACACCCCUAGAUUUUUUAAUGCCUAAUUAAAUUCGGUCAACUUUUUGUAAUUAAUAUCAUAACUAAAAAUUUCGAAUCAAUUGUUAAUUUUAAUGUGUUUGUUAGCACAUCCGUACAAGUAGGGAAAUUAGCAUAGGUUGUACUGUCAGAAGUACCAACUGAUUAUUCGCCCAAGCUGUCAAUUUUUUAAACUCAAAAGUCAAUGAAACCAAAGCUUAUCACCAUGUUAAGUUCGAAUUUAAUUAGGCUGCUCAAUGCCUGUAUGCGAAUGUAACUGGUUCAUAAGUCAAAACCAUUAAGACAUACAUUACUUAACCCAUUAAUUUUAAAUGGAUGUACAUUAUCUCUUACCACUGUACAUUACGGCGGUACAGACAGUAUUAUAUAUAACGGUUGUAUAGAAAUAUAUCAUAGUGAAUUAGUGAGUGAAUCAUUUGUUUAGUUGCGCAUUUUCUAGAAUUUGAAUUAAAAUGUAUGAAAUAUUAAAAAAAAUUGAAAGUAAGAGUUAGAAAAAAUUGUUUAAACUCAACUAUCAUAUCUAUCAAACUCAAAACCUAUUUGGAUUUCAAUAGAUAAUUAUUCAAGAAAAAUUCUUUUGUCUCGUAAUGAUGCAAGUUUUCCCAUCCCAUCUUAUUUUCGUUCAUAUAUUGGGAAUUCAUAUUUUAUUUUAUUUAAGCAAUCAUGAAUCGUUAAGUAUUAAGUAGUUAUACAUUAUGAGGUUAGUUAAUUGAAUUAUUAUAAUUGAGUGAACAAUCAAUUGAUUAGUAGAUGAGGUUGAUGUAAUUGUGUGAAAAAUAGCCUCUUACCGGCAUUGAAUCUUACUGUAAAACUUCUAUUUGCCUUUGGUAAAUACUAUGCAGGUAUUACAGAGGGAGCAGUUCCUGUAAGUAACCUACCGGUGAGUAACUAUCAGUAACCACCGGAUCGGCCGUCCAUUGCACUCCAUUAUUAACCGUCGGAUGUAGAAUAGCAAAUACACGUAGGGGUAUAAU